AUGGUGGAGCUGCAGAUCAGCUUGAAGAACUAUGACCCUCAGAAAGACAAACGCUCUUACAAACGCUUCUCCAGCACCGUCAGGCUUAAGUCCACUCCCCGCCCCAAGUUCUUCGUGUGUGUUCUGGGGGACCAGCAGCACUGUGAUGAGGCCAAGGCAGUGGAUAUCCCCUGCAUGGAUAUCGAGGCACUGAAGAAACUCAACAAGAAUAAAAAACUGGUCAAGAAGCUGGCCAAGAAGUAUGAUGCCUUUUUGGCUUCAGAGUCUCUGAUCAAGCAGAUUCCACAAAUCCUGGGCCCAGGCCUCAAUAAGCCUGGCAAGUUCCCUUCCUUGUUAACCCACAAUGAGAACAUGGUGGCCAAAGUCGAUGAAGUGCAAUCCACAAUCAAGUUCCAGAUGAAGAAGUUUCUGUGUCUGGCAGUGGCUGUUGGCCAUGUGAAGAUGACAGACGAUGAGCUUGUGUACUAUAUCCACUUAGCUGUCAAUUUGCUGGUGUUAUAG